GGCUCCAGGGAACCGGCGGCCUCGGCGUCUGGUAUCCGGAGCUUCGAGAACUGGGUGGUGCUGCUCCACGCUGGAGUCGCCGCGCCGCCGCGACCAUGGUGUUCUACUUCACCAGCAGCGUUAACUCAUCUGCUUACACUAUUUACAUGGGAAAGGAUAAAUAUGAAAAUGAGGAUCUAAUAAAGUAUGGCUGGCCUGAAGAUAUUUGGUUUCAUGUGGACAAACUCUCUUCGGCUCAUGUAUACCUUCGAUUACAUAAGGGGGAGAACAUAGAAGACAUUCCACAGGACGUAUUGAUGGACUGUGCCCAACUUGUGAAAGCCAAUAGCAUUCAAGGCUGCAAGAUGAACAACGUUAAUGUGGUAUAUACACCGUGGUCUAACCUGAAGAAAACAGCUGACAUGGACGUGGGACAGAUAGGCUUUCACAGGCAGAAGGAUGUGAAAAUUGUGACAGUGGAGAAGAAAGUAAAUGAGAUCUUGAACCGAUUAGAAAAGACCAAAACAGAGCGGUUCCCAGACCUAGCAGCAGAGAAGGAAUGCAGAGACCGGGAGGAAAGGAAUGAGAAAAAAGCCCAAAUUCAGGAAAUGAAAAGGAGAGAAAAGGAAGAGAUGAAGAAGAAGAGGGAAAUGGACGAACUUAGGAGCUAUUCAUCACUAAUGAAAGCUGAGAAUAUGUCUUCAAAUCAGGACGGCAACGAUUCAGAUGAAUUCAUGUGAAUGGAGAGAUGGACCUUUUAAAGAUGUGAAUUUAGGGACAGUUGCAGAUGUUUUGAUGUCAUCCAUGUUCUGAGUUAUGAAAAACAAACAACCUCAGUCUAUACAAAUACCAACUUGGAAAUUUUUUUUAAAGGUGUUCCUUUUUUUGCUGACAGAAAAGGAUAAGAUAUGUACCUAUAUAUAUCAGAUAUAGUUGGACUUGAAGACAGUGUAUAACUUUAGGAAAGUGAAAAUAUUUGUGCCCGAACAUGUCUUGGUAGCUCACGAAAGUUGGCUGCCCUUUUUCUUGGGAUAGACUUUAGAACGAACCAACUCUGAAAAGUAUUUCUGGUACUGUGGUUAAUCCCUGAAAACAGAUGUCUUGAAAAGCUUUUUAUAUUCUUAAAAUAGCUUCACUUCUAUUAAGGAGAAUGUAUUGGUGAGCAAUAUAUAGGAAUGUUCCUCUCACCGUCGAAUUCCUGAUUAGAAAAAGAUGAUAGUGAGUUUUGAAGAUGAUAGUGAUAUUUUCAUUCAUGUUCCAUUGUGUUGUCUGAGUCAAAUAGCAGAGUUGUCCUCAACAAUCAGCUUGCCCUAGCUUCCACUUUCUGCAUCCUCAUUGUUUGAGUGAGGGCCUCCUUCUAGGUACCAUCAGACUUAAAGAAAUAUUUGGUGUUAAUCCAGGUUGGCCUUGUGUGGCAGUUUUUACCUGAGCACCAAGUAACCCAGGCCUCAGAGAUUACAGCUUCCAGGCCCUGGAGUCAUGUCUCAGAAAUCUAAGGGAGGCUCUAUGAAUCGAUGUAGGUUGUGAUUUUUGUCUUGGAAUACAGCAUAAAGCAAAAGUCCAUGUUGUAAUUAUAUUUUUAAAAAGAAGUAAGCAUUUCACUAGCCAGCCAAGCAAGUAAUUUGUUUAUUUACCCUGGAAUAAUAUUUAUUUUGAAUUGUAACCCCAGAGUUCAGAUUUCUCCAUUGUAGACUCAGUAACUUAUUAUGUAACAGGACUGCUCAUUCAAACCACCUGCUUUCCAGUGUGAUUCUGAAUAGAAGAUAUAUUUUUAUUGAAGUGUGUAAGAGAACCCCAGCAGAAAGAAACAAAAGAACAAAGCCUGCAGGCCAGGAGGCAUACAGAUUCACAUUUUAACCACACCCAGAACUGUACGUGUAGCAUUCUUAUUCUUGUUCUAACCCAGCAGCAGUCACCUCCAACAGAUCUAUCUGUAAUAGCACCUGGGACUGUGGCUAAAGCCAGAAGACUCCAGUGUUUGUAUUUAUCUCAAGCUGGGGUCUGGGGAUGAACUGGAAAACUCCCGGAGGCAUAAGUUGGCCAAAUUUUGAGACAGAGUGUGGGAGACAAUUCCAGAAGUUAAUUGUGUGUGUGUUUGUCUAAUGAUAUUCAGCCUGGAGUUCUGUGAUUUAAAUAUAUAAUAAUAAAGAAUAUUUUUUUAAUUUGGAAAGACAUUGUUAGAAUUUGCUUGUAAUUCCUAUCCUUAAGAUGGUUUUGGAGAGUCUCUGGCUAUAAAAACAAAGCAAAAAAGUUAUCUAUCAUAGGUUCAAUCUGGCUGGUUCUACGAGGGUAUCUUCUCUCACUGAUAGAUGCAUCUCUCCCCAGAGGCCCACUGGGUCAAAGUGGAUGACCUUUCCCAGACACACUGUUGAUUGGGUGUAGGUCAAGCAUGUCAGACUACGGCCCGCAGGCCGCAUGCCUUGUUUAUUUGGCUCGUGUUAGCCUUUGAGUUUGACAUGCUUGGUGUAGGUAGUACCUGUGCUGUCCUGCCUGGUUCCUGGAGGCACUUCUUUAACACUCUGCUGCAACCUUGAAAAGGGGGAGAUUUUGCCUCCAGCGUCACCUGUGUCUCCUCAUCUUCCUACUGCUUCUGAAGGACUCUGUACCCCACAUCACAGCAUAUGUAGAUAGAGCUUUUGGAAACCACAUGUAUUUUUGCAGUAGUUUAAGCGACCCGAGGGUCCAAAUUUUAAAUGUUCUAUAACUCAGCUUUUAAAUGUCAGGGGCCUCUCUUCUGAAUUCUCCAAGUUGAAUUCGAAGCUCAAGCCUUUUCAGCUGCUCUGUGCUGAUUUCCUCUGGCCGCCUCUACCUGUGAGCUGGGGAGUUUUCCCCUCAGGUCUCAGUCCCAGAGAAAGCAGGGAUCUUUUCUUUUGAGAACAUUGGUUCAGUGUCAACAGGUCAGACUCUUGGCACUGAAGUCAUUUCAUUUCUUGCCGUUGGCAUGUUUCCGUAACUUCCUAUCGGAAAAUUCCAAAUGAGUGGUAUUUUAUGAGUUGUGCCCUUGAUCAGAUUUGUACAUCCUGAGGAUUUCUCUUUCCAGCUGUCUCCAGUUUCUGUAUUCUGUUACAGAAUCUGCAUGCAGGUGAGGUUCACUUUGUCAUUUAUUUCACAAACUGCUCUGUUAUAUUCCUGGAGCUUUAGAAUUCGUUUCUUAAACGCCUUUGUGGAUCUAGAUCAGUCUUUGGGCAAGAGAGCUUUGUCACAGUGCUUGGGCAGUUUACCAACAUGGAAGGUUUGUGCGUUAGCAGGUGGCCAUAGGCUGUAGUCGAACCCUUACAAUAUCUUGUUAUAUUGUUUUAACUUUUUGAAGCAUGGGUUUGGUGAGCCUUUUUUUUUUUUUUUUUACUGUUUAGUGCCAAUGGUUUUCCCCACUCAGGAAGGAAGGGGGGCCAUGCAUACAGCAAGAUGAAAAAGGGAGAGUUCCGCUCUCGCCUCCAGUUUAAAAACAGCUCUUCCUCCCACGGUCCCAUCUGUCCGAGAGGGGACGCUCGUUUUCCAGGCUAGAACAGGUUAUGGGAAAAACUGAGCAGGAUGGAGAAAUGAACACUUGCCCAGCCUUCCUGAGCUGUGAGAUUGAAGCCUUCUCUUUGUUUGAUUUGAAGCACGUGUGUACUGUGUGUGACAAAUCCCAUACUCAGAACAAUCUUACAAGAAUGAGCGCGUGACCUUUUGAUUUAAAGUAGAUUGUGAAACAAUCAAACUGUAAGAGAAAAAUUAAGAACUUAAAGUCCAAGCUAAAUGUAUGUGAAGGCGCAGAAAGGAGGACAGCACUGCUGGCGCCCGACAGGCUCACAUUCCAGCGUCGCGAAGUGGGAGCUCUUCUCUGCUGGACACACGUGGGCCUCACCUGGAGCAAGAGACUUGAUGUGCAUUGUGUCAUUUUGCGAGUGAGAUGGUGCCACCUGCCUAUUUACCAUGUCCUGGAUGAGUGAUAUGUAAAAUGCAAUAAAGCUUAUAGUUUGAGUAGAA